GCGGGGCACGCUGUAACUAGCGAGUACGGGUCUGGUUUCUGAUUGGAGUCGUCUCCAGUUCAGACCGCCUCCUGAGUCCCUUUAUAUUCUCUCUCCCAACAACCCAACUGCCCUCUCGCUCGCCACAACCGUAUUGAUACCUUCCCACGACGACACCAUGGCUACUGCACAGAUUCCCGAGGGAGGUACCUAUCUCGAUACUUUCAAGGGAUCCUUCACCAAGGUCCCUAUCGAUGCCGAGAAGGGCAAUGCGAUCUCGACGACCGAGUUCCUGGACGCGGCCGAGUCCCUGACCACCAUGUUUGACCUUCUCGGUUCCGUAGCGUUCUCCCCAGUCAAGAAGGACCUGAUGGGCAACAUCGAGAAAAUCAGGAAACGGCAGCUGGCUGCCCCGGCCGAGUCGGAGAAUCUGCAAGACCUCGUGCGGAAUGAGCUCAAGAGCGGCUCCCAUACCGCGACUGAAGGCUUGCUAUGGCUUGUUAGAGGCCUUGAAUUCACCUGCAUCGCACUGAGCCAAAACGUGGCCAACCCCGACCACGAACUCUCCGAGUCGUUCCGUAGCGCCUACGGUGUCACGCUGAAGCCCCACCACAGCUUUAUGGUGAAGCCGAUCUUUAGUGCCGCAAUGAGUGCUUGCCCUUACAGGAAGGACUUCUAUGUGAAACUGGGACAGGACGAAGAGAAGGUCAAGACGGAACUUCGCCAGUAUCUCGAGUCUCUGGACAAGAUCGUGGGCAUCCUCAAGGCAUUCCUCGACAGCAAGGAGGCCAAAUGGUGAAGCCCCCCCGGGCGUGCUAAAAUGGUGGACCGGCGCCAGAGGCUACAGCAAAGGGUGCUCUGUUCAUGGCAGAGGGCGGGUAUAUCCGUGAGGCAACAAUGCUGCUUCCUGGACUCAACCCUCGCCCGUUACCGUUACGCCAACAUGGCUAUCACCCCCUUUGGUGUUUAAGUAGUUGCUGGUCUGCU